AUGUCCACCUGCGGAGUCGGUCACGUAGGCAGUUCCUUAUCUGUGUUGAGUUUCGUGCACUUUGGGCCAUCGACAGCUACACGCUCUCUCGCCUGCUUCGCUUCCUCUUUAUCCACCUUCUUCCCCGGAGGGUAUCUCGGGUUCAUUCCCCGGUCUCCAUUUUCUGCACGAGCAUUUGCCUGGACGGGUGCGAGCUCGACGUUGAUGUCAACUGCGCGUUCUGGCACUUCCAUGUCAGCGUCGGAUCUUCUAGGUUUGGACUCACCACUCUUGGUGCAGAGUCUUUCGAGAUCAAGCUUUGCAUCAGUUGUGUUCUCGGCUUCAUGCUUGGGCAGUUCUUUAUCGUCGCGAGGCGCAGCACAUGCUGGUUCGCCAGCAUCGCUUUCUGGACUUGUCCGGCUGAGCAGCCCCAUGUUCGUUCGUGACAGCGUUUGCAUCGCUCCCUCAGCGCAGUUGCAGCUCCCUGUGUGGACAAUCAGCUGGGACACUGGGACGAGUGAACUCCAGUUCAAGACCGGCUCCACGAAGGUCAUGGCGGUGAGCGCUUCAGGAGGCAGCUUGCACGGGACCUGGGCCUCCGAGAGCAUCAUCAGCGCCUCCGACAGCCACCUGAAAAGAGAGGUCCUGCCGCUCUACCGAUCGCUCCUUGAGAAAGGAGAGCAGAACAGAGCAGGCGGAGGUGCAGGCAACGAGGAGCGUGACGACAUCAGCGCUUCCAGCCUUCUGCGCCUCCUGGUCCCUGACGGGUCCUCCGACCCCUUGAACUUCAAGCUGGAGGCUACUGACGAGUCACUUCGUUCCCUUCCGGGUGUGGUGCGCGAGAUGCCCAACCAGGGUGGGCGCUUGGGCAUUUCUCACCAAGAUCUCCUGGCAGUCAUCACCCUUGCGGCCAAGGAGCGGGAGAGGCGCCUGCAGGCCUUGGAGGCAGAGGAGGAGGCAGAGAUUGCCCAACAAGAAGAGCAGAACGGUCUGAUCCAGGCGCUCUUCAGCCAAGUGGAACAGCUUACAAAGCGGUUUACAUUGCUGAGGUACCAAAGCAGCAGGAGACUCACGAGAUUUCGAUCAAUGUGA